CACUGCUAUGCGCACAUCCUCCCCAUAGCCGAAAAUCCCCAUUCGAACGACGCGUCGCGGCGCGAAACCAUCGCGAUUUAGAACUUUGACUGUCGACUUGGCGUAGGUAAAGUUUUGUGUUAGUGAGUGCGUUCGCAUUUUAGAUUUUUUUGUGUGGUGACAAACCAUGUGAAAGUGUUUUUAUUUUGUGCCUUUUCAUAAUUUGGAUUUUUUUGCUCCGGAAACUUUUGAUGCAACAUGGCAACACGGAAUAAAGACAGAACAGAAUUAAGCGUUGAAUAAAAUUCAUUAUUAAUUUUCUUACAAACCGCGAUAAAACAAAGAUGCUGGGGUUCGCUCUAAGAAGAGUAGCCUCCAUCGAAUCCGCAUCAGAACAGAUCGACCGCUCGGCUGACGACAGCCGGUGUUUAGAUAAGUAGAGUAGAACCGCAACUAGUCACAAGCAAUAGUAAGUUACCUACGAAGCAUAGCCCGAAGCCGCCGCCGCGGUGGCAUGCUUUAUUUUCCCUAUUGUAUCGACUGCGCGCUGACUGGUCGCUACGUCACGUGGCUUCCCGGCGCGCGACUUCAGUGCUGGAUGCUACUAACUGUAUACACGUUACCACAGCUUGCCGUCUCUGCGAAGAUAUUGUGCCUCCUGAUGGUGGUGAUCUCCGGCGCGGUCCCGUCGAUGGUGCGGCAGGUGCGCCUGUACAACCAGUGCUCGCACAUGUACGUCAACGUGUUCCCAAACGGCACUGUCCUGGCGAGAUCCAACGCGAACGACCAGCCGAAUCUCACCAUCAGUACACGCGGCUUGAGCUUAGAGCUGCUCAUCCACUCGCCCCUGCAAAGCAUGUACCUGUGCUUCAACCGCACCAAGCUGGUCGGCAGGCGCCUGACCCGAUUCCAAGCGGAGAGACAACGAGACUGCCUCUUCAAGGAGGAAUUUGUGGACGGCUACAACAGAUACCACCUCGUGAACAAAGCGGAUCGAUACAUCGGCUUCAACCGGCGAGGCGGGCAGAUGAAAAGGGUGAAGAGCUCCUACGCCGAGCGACAGCACAAGUGCUUCUCUUUCAUGCUGGAGGCCCACGACUUCAACAUAGACGUGCACAACGAGCUAGUCGCCGGCGAGCGAAUGGUCAAGUAUCGUCCGCAGCGCAUGCGACCGGCGCUCCGGAACUCUAUUAAGCCGCCCUGCCACGGCAUCCGGCAUCACCACGGCCGGCGGCAGCGGCGAAGAAACUGCGACGGCACGUAGACGACUCGUCUUUUCUGUUAGCAGUUCAUUUACGCUUCAACGCUUCGCGCGUUUCGUUGCUAGCGAUGGACUUUUGUGGACAGAGUAUUAGUCAACUACCACAGUAUUAUUACAGUGACGACGACUGGACGUAGGUUAGAUCGGACGCGGUGGCCGCGUUCGACCGAAUGGUAGCCGAAGCGAGAGAACAAACAUUCGAACGUGAAAAAGUCGGACCGCGGCGACGGAGCUGUGAAAUUCCGUACGACCGUGCAACAACAUGGCGCUCGUUUGCCUGCGCUCGAAUUCGUGUUCUAAAAGGAAAAAAGGUUUUUCUGUGGAAAGAGCAAAUAGUAGUCUCGCUAGUCACGAGUCUUCCGACAGACCACCGCUGAACGGAGUCAGGUCAACCCCGACGUUGCCCGCGCACCCCGCACCCCCGCGCCGCGCCGUUUGGUCGUCGAUGCCCCGGCUCUCGCUGCGUAUUAGUGAUGGCGCCUUUUGUCGAUUCUCAGUGUAUUAUUAUUUCACGCUUUACAUAAUUAAGUGUCGAGUUAUUUGCUUGUAAAUAUAAUAAAUUUGUGUUUAAUUAUUUAUCAAAAAAGCGUUAAUCGGAAAUGUGUAAGCCUAGAUGUUAGUGUAAAGAUGUAUUUAAAUGUUUUCUAUUUAAUUAUUAUGGGUAUUUAAUCCGACCGCUCUCUUGUCAUUCUACAGUCCAUUGUUAAAAUUAAUUUCGCCUAAACCUCGUUGUGUUUCGCCUGAAUUGAGUUAUAAUUGUAUGAAUUUGUGAGUUUUGUAUAUAUUAUUUUAAGUGUUCGUAUGAGAGUGAUAGGUUUCGAAUCUCCUUCUGUCAAUAUGAUUUUUGACGUCAGAAUCCUGACUUUCAAAAAUUCAUUUUGAUCCGUAGCUGUUUAUGAUUAAACCAAAAUAACAUUCCUUGAAAGAUUAAGAUUUAUAUUAAUCUUAAAAAGUAUAAGAUUCAAAAUAUCUUUGCUAUAAAGGACAUUGUAUAAUUUAUAUUUUUAAUAUAAUUAUGUGCCAUAGCUCGGUGGCAGCGUACGGCUUUGAGUUCGCAUUGUAUCUAGUAUGUUUAAGUUUAUGUCUGUAAACUACGAGUAGAUAAAUUGUAUCACUUAAGACAAAUAACUGAAGUUAUAUCGUACUGCGCCCAGUGUCUAUAUUAAUAAAUAUACAGUAUUUGCUGAAAUCAAUGUUGCUAAAAAUAGUUAGAAUGAAUGUUGCUUACAUUCCAAAGUCGAAGACUUGAAAAAACGUAGCCUCAGAGAACGAAGUGAACAACAGAGCAUCGAAUGUCAUUUCUUAAUUAUUGUUUCCAGAUAAGUAAAAAAUCAAUGACUUCAUUCUCUUUGCCUAUGACAUAAACCGAAAUGACGUAAUACAUUCCAAAUAAAGAAAUAGAUAAAUACAUAAUAGUCGGUCAAAUUAAAAAGUAUCGAUAACGUUUUCGCUAAAAAUUCACAACACUAUAUUGCUAAUCAGUAGCCGUUCCAAAUUUUUACAGUUUUGGUAGAAAAAAUACUAAAUUAAAUAAAAAUAAAUAUUUUUUUAAUAUGACUGAUUAUUAUGCGCAAAGUUAUAUGAUUGUGCUGAUUGUAAUCAAAUGCUGAAAACAAAAUCGUAUAAUUGCUAAGAAAAAUUACGAAAUUAAAUCAUAUUUAACUUG